CUCGACCUUAGACCAUCACCAAAGUCCAAAGCACAAACAAUACCACUCCUUUCAAAUACAUCACACUCACAUCAAACGUCAAUCAGUCCAAUUCAAUUUGUUUCUGAUACCAUACCACUCAAUUUCUAAUUGUAAUUAACGACCAUAAGCUUCUUUGCUCACCUCGACUCAACCACACAACCACACCAACCCAACUACCUCCAUCUACACCUACACCUCCACCUCUAAUCAUGCCUCAAGGUUAUUCAUCUCGAGAUGUUGGUGACCCAUCGCAAAUCAAAAAGAAUAAACAAUCAAUGGCAGAUCUCAAAUUAAGACGUCUUACUGAAUUGAACAAUCGACUCCGAGAAGAUUUAGAACGCGAAAGGAUCCCAGUCUCUCAAGCUGCUAAGAGUAUUAUUCAAUAUACCAGUCAAACUAAAGAUUUUAUGGUUCCAUCAAUUUGGGGUACCGUUGAUAAGAAGGAUGAUCCAUAUGCGCCGCAACAAAGUGGUGGAUGCUGUUUGGUGAUGUAAGACAAGGAAGAAUACAUCAAGAUAAUUCGAAAUGGAAAGCAUACGAACGACCCGACAAUGACCAAUCAUAAUUUCAUCAAUCACUCAAUUCAUAAAUCCAUUCAGAUACACCAAUUUCGAUGUCGGUCCUUCCGUUUACAAAAAUCACGCACAUCACCAUACAGAGGGAGAGAGGGAGGUAGCAGACCAGAAUAAAGGGCGUUAUUAACGGGGCGUAUUGGGGAAAUCAUUCACUUUUCAGCCUUCUUCGACAUUAUUUCCAGAAAGUCCAAUGUUUCUUCUCGAGCCUUUCCGUUAUAGGCCUGCUUUUUUUUCUUAUGAGGAUACCAGAGGAAGCAUUAGCAUAUUUCACCAAUUGGAGGUACAUUUUCAUUAUCGACAGGGCACGAUAGCAAGCUGGUUACUCUCGAUUCGAUUGUAUCUACGACGUGUAUCUUGAGGCGUGCGAUUGUUUGAGACUUUUCUUGAUGAAAAUGAAAGGCAGGAUAAAGUCAUUAAGAAGGAAGAUGAAGAAGUGAAAUGGGAAAAUGGGAAAAGAAGCAUGUAAUAAUUUUUUUUUCGUUUCUGUUCGUAGUAGUUACACCUUUUUUCUCCCCAGGACUACCAACAAACAUAGUAUGCAUCUUCAUAUGGACUUCUUUGUGUAUAGGAUUAUUUCAAUGGAAAGUCAUUGGGAUGGUAUUGUUUUUUUUAUACGAAUGAAGAGACUUUUGUUUUUAAUGCAUUUUUGAGAUAUUAUAAUGUAUUUGGCAUUUAUCUAUCUUUACAUCUGAUGACUUUUGAAUGAGAGUGA